AAUCAAUGACUUUAUUUAGUUACUUAAAUAACAUCCAGACACAUAUAUAUGAUACAACAAAUAUAAUAAUCAAUGUGCACCUAUAGACGACAAUCAAUGUCAUCGCCAAGGUAUGUUAACCCUGUUAUGUUAUUUCCUCCAUAACCGAUGAUAGCUUGUCAUUAUUUCCUUAUAAAGCAAUUAUGUUUAACAAAUGUCACGUUUCUGAAUUUAAUUUCAUCUUUAUGGUAGUCCCUUUACAUUUGGGAUCAUCAAAAUCCCAGCGAUGUCCAGAGUAUGUUUGUUUUCGGCUGUAAAAUUUCCCUAAAGACGAAUAAAACUAGUCUAUAUGUCUCUGAUAUCUAGGGCAAUAUCAAAAUCAGGGAGCUUACUAUUGUUUAUAUAUCUGCUAAAAUCUUGAAAAUAAGCCUGGAUUGAAAAUAGACCCGUCUUGACAUUAACUCUUGAAUUCCUUCCGGUUUAACAUAUUUCAAUAAUAAGCCACCUUUGACAAUAGGCCCAUUCUGAGCAUAAACAUUGAAUUCCAGGUAGAAACCACAUUUUCUCUGUCGGCCUAAACCAAUUUUACAAGUUCACAUCAAAUCACUCGACCUAUUAUUGCAACAAUUUGAUAAAAGAAAAAAGUGAAAAAAUGAUUUUAUUUAAAUAAAAAACCCUGUAUAACAUUAUAUUUCCAUGCAAAGAAAAGGAGAACUAGAAUAUAUACCAUUGAUGGGUAACUGUCUUAAUUACUUGGAAAAUAAACCUGAGAUUCCUUACUGAAAACGAAAUAAGUUGUGGCAUAUCAAGAUUUUAGGGUAUUUCAUAUCAAGAUUUUAGGGUAUAUCAUAUCAAGAUUUUAAGGUAUUUCAUAUCAAGAUUUUAGGGUAUUUCAUAUGUCCUUGUGUGUUCAGAAACAUUUUUUUUGGCAAAAGUCAUAGUGCUGAUAAAGUUUGGCAUCAUUUGUACAGUAGGCUUCAGACAAGUAUAUUUAUAAAACAGUUUUGAAAGGGUAUGUAUCAUUUCAUGAAGGCAUUCUGUAAUUGAAAGAAAUUUAGAUCUGUACAUUGUGAUUGCAUGCACUCCAUUUAAAAAUAAUAUAGGAUGAUAAAUACUGUGUUAACAUGUGUGAAAGUUUGUUAGAUUCAAUAUGGGGUCAACAUUCAAAAAGAUAUAUUUUCUGUAGUGUUCAACUUAAUUAUCCAACAAGCUUUAUAUUAACCAGAAUAGGUAGAUCAAGGCACAGUAAAAUUUUACAAUAGCUGUAGACUCCUGUUGUUUUUGAGCUGUUACAUCCUAGCCCUUGGUACAAAAAGAAAGUCUCCCAAAACACAUAAGGAAUUUGAAGUUCCUGGUAAACAGAGGUUAGAAAUAAGUACCCAGAACACUGUUUCUAUAGAUAUAGAUAAUCCCCAUAGGCAAUAGAAAUGAAACAGCAUGAGACAAACACAUGUGUACACACUUGCAAUGACAUUGAAAUUUAAUAUACAAACACAUGUGCACACACUUGUUAUAACAAUGGAAUUAUACAAACACAGGUGCAAUUGCUUAUUACAAUGUAAUGAGACAAACAUGUGUACACAUGUGCAACAGCAUUUGAGAUGGGAGAAAUGUGUAGUAUCAUAAUAUAACAAGGGCAACGCAAAGCAGUACAUAAUAUGCCCGUCACAUGUUAAAUGACCAGUUGUCUGUUUGGUUGAAAUAUGAAAUAUUUCUGAGUAAUUAACAGUAAAAGGGAAAUAAUUGUUCAAACAUGAGAGAUCAAUAAGUGUAAAAGAACAUCAUGGAAUGCAUGUAGUAUUGCAUUAUUGAAACCAAGGGGAAUAACUCUACUAAUUUAUUGUGAAAUAUUCAGGAUGCAUAACUCUAAUGAUUAUGAUGAGAUACUAAUUGUUGGCCAUUGUAUGGUAAUAAACCAUCAAUGGUUGAAUAUAAUCUGUUGAAAAUUAAUGAAGAUAUGGAGCGGACACCGUUUUGGAAAGUGGUUAAAGGGCCCUAACUCCGUAAGUUACCGUCGGAUAUUGGUGAUUAUCAAACUUGUCCAAGCUCUUAUGGUAAUAAACCUUCUAUGAAGUUUGAAAUAAAUCUGUUGAAAAUUAAUUAUAAUGAUAUUGAGUGAACACCAAGCACGCCCGUAUACCUAGCCACCUGCCAAUGUGAUAACAUAAUAUGUCCCGUCUUUCGCUGGGUGUAUAAAUAUUGGGGAAACAAUGACCCUUCCAAAAAUGAAAAGGUGUUUUUUUAAACACAUGAUAAAAUCAGAAUGAAAUUUUUUGUUAAACAAAGCAAAUCUAUACUUUGUAGCUAAAUUUUAUAGGUAUUAGAUUAGUUAAAUUGCAACAUCAUAUUUAUAAAUACAACAAAUGGAAUAUGUUAUGUUCAGUUAAAAAUCCUUAAGAAAUAUGAAGGAUUCCUUUGUCACUAUAUGAUAUUUAAAUAUCUACAAAUUUUUGAAAGUCUCAGGAAAAUAAUAACAGUUCCAAUAAACACAGAGUUCAUUAGAGGCAGGUUGUACUAUACAUGUACUUACAACUAAAUCACAAAUUCGCCAAUACAUUUGAGUUACCAAAUAUUGUUAAAUUUUAAAAAGUACACAAAUCAACAAAAAAACACAAUAUGAAUCUUAUAAAAUACAAAGAGUCAUGAUGAACAAUCAUCUGUUCCAUAUUAAACUGGUAAAUAGGACAUAUCACAGAUAGAGAAAAUAACCAGCAUAAUAAAUAUCUAUAGAGUCUACUAAUCCCUUGUCAACUAGCAUUAAAACUAAAUAAAAUGUCAAUGCAUAAUAGAGUCUUCGAGUUGAUGAAAAGUUUUCACCAUGAAUGUAAACAUACUUAGAAUAAAAAAAUCAUAAACGAUAGCUUAACAGGUUAGUCAAGACUUUUACACUUAUUAAGUUUAGGUGAUAAUUUCUUAGGAUGGGGUAUUAUCUAAUGACUUUCUACACAGCCUGUCAGAUGUAUACAACAGUGUAACAGUCAUUCCAGGUAUUAACACUAAGUUACAGGGUCCGAUCUUCUUUAAUAACAUCUUAAUAGCAUAAUUAAAUUAGAGACUUGAACGAGAAUAUGUACAAAACUUACGAAAGUCUGAACAAAAUGAGAAGUGAUGUAAAUAAAAUGCUUGACCAGCAAGCAUAUCUGUUUCUUAGUGAUAAUCGUACAGAAUUCAAACACUUGUACAAGAAUGAUUAUACCAGGAUCAUUUUACACAGCAAUGAAUAACUUAACCAAGCCAUCAGUUUAAAUUCUGUAAAUUGUAUGUGUGAGGAUAAUCCACAUAGAAUAACAAUAGAUCACACUCUACAGAAAAAAGCUUUUCUAGGAUUUUAUCAAUCACUUUUGCAUCAUCACCAGGUAAACAAGCAAACAAAAUCAAGUUGUAUCUGAUUAUUUACCACCAUAACUUUCAACCGUAAUAUAUUUAAGCUGAUUAAUUAGGCAGCAAGGACACUUUAUGAAAAUAUCCCCAACAUUUCUACCAUGAAAUAUUUCCUUCAAAUAUCUUUUCAAUAAUGUAUCUCACAUCUCCACAGGCUAUGUAUUGCCAAUCAGGCUAUGUAUUGUCAAUCAGGAUAUGUAUUGUCAAUCAGGCUAUGUACUGCCAAUCAGGAUAUGUACUGUCAAUCAUGCUAUGUACUGUCAAUCCUGCUAUGUACUGCCAAUCAGGCUAUGUACUGUCAAUCAUGCUAUGUACUGUCAAUCAUGAUAUGUACUGUCAAUCAGGCUAUGUACUGCCAAUCAGGCUAUGUACUGUCAAUCAUGCUAUGUACUGUCAAUCAUGCUAUGUACUGCCAAUCAGGCUAUGUACUGUCAAUCAUGCUAUGUACUGUCAAUCAUGCUAUGUACUGUCAAUCAGGCUAUGCAUUGUCAAUCAUGCUAUGUACUGUCAAUCAUGAUAUGUACUGCCAAUCAGGCUAUGCAUUGUCAAUCAUGCUAUGUAUUGUCAAUCAGGCUAUGCAUUGUCAAUCAGGCUAUGUAUUGUCUAUCAGGCUAUGUAUUGUCAAUCAGGCUAUGUACUGCCAAUCAGGCUAUGUAUUGUCUAUCAGGCUAUGUAUUGUCUAUCAGGAUAUGUAUUGUCAAUCAUGCUAUGUACUGCCAAUCAUGCUAUGUACUGCCAAUCAGGCAAUGUAUUGUCAAUCAGGCUAUGUAUUGUCAAUCAGGCUAUGUACUGUCAAUCAGGAUAUGUAUUGUCAAUCAGGCUAUGUAUCAUCAAUCAGGCUAUGUACUGCCAAUCAGGCUAUGUACUGUCAAUCAGGAUAUGUAUUGUCAAUCAUGCUAUGUACUGCCAAUCAUGCUAUGUACUGCCAAUCAGGCUAUGUAUUGUCAAUCAGGAUAUGUAUUGUCUAUCAGGCUAUGUACUGUCAAUCAGGCUAUGUAUUGUCAAUCAUGCUAUGUACUGUCAAUCAUGCUAUGUACUGUCAAUCAUGCUAUGUACUGUCAAUCAUGCUAUAUAUUGUCAAUCAGGCUAUGUAUUGUCAAUCAGGCUAUGUAUUGUCAAUCAGGCUAUGUACUGUCAAUCAGGCUAUGUAUUGUCUAUCAGGCUAUGUAUUGUCUAUCAGGAUAUGUAUUGUCAAUCAUGCUAUGCAUUGUCAAUCAGGAUAUGUAUUGUCUAUCAGGCUAUGUAUUGUCAAUCAGGCUAUGUACUGCCAAUCAGGCUAUGUAUUGUCUAUCAGGCUAUGUAUUGUCUAUCAGGAUAUGUAUUGUCAAUCAUGCUAUGUACUGCCAAUCAUGCUAUGUACUGCCAAUCAGGCAAUGUAUUGUCAAUCAGGCUAUGUAUUGUCAAUCAGGCUAUGUACUGUCAAUCAGGAUAUGUAUUGUCAAUCAGGCUAUGUAUCAUCAAUCAGGCUAUGUACUGCCAAUCAGGCUAUGUACUGUCAAUCAGGAUAUGUAUUGUCAAUCAUGCUAUGUACUGCCAAUCAUGCUAUGUACUGCCAAUCAGGCUAUGUAUUGUCAAUCAGGAUAUGUAUUGUCUAUCAGGCUAUGUACUGUCAAUCAGGCUAUGUAUUGUCAAUCAUGCUAUGUACUGUCAAUCAUAAUAUGUGCUGCCAAUCAGGCUAUGUAUUGUCAAUCAUGCUAUGUAUUGUCAAUCAUGCUAUGUACUGUCAAUCAUGCUAUGUACUGUCAAUCAUGCUAUGUACUGUCAAUCAUGCUAUAUAUUGUCAAUCAGGCUAUGUAUUGUCAAUCAGGCUAUGUAUUGUCAAUCAGGCUAUGUAUUGUCUAUCAGACUAUGUAUUGUCUAUCAGGAUAUGUAUUGUCAAUCAUGCUAUGCAUUGUCAAUCAUGCUAUGUACUGCCAAUCAUGCUAUGUACUGCCAAUCAUGCUAUGUACUGUCAAUCAUGCUAUGUACUGUCAAACUGUCAAUCAUGCUAUGUACUGUCAAUCAUGCUAUGUACUGUCAAUCAUGCUAUAUAUUGUCAAUCAGGCUAUGUAUUGUCAAUCAGGCUAUGUACUGUCAAUCAGGAUAUGUAUUGUCUAUCAGGCUAUGUAUUGUCAAUCAGGCUAUGUAUUGUCUAUCAGGCUAUGUACUGUCAAUCAGGCUAUGUACUGUCAAUCAGGCUAUGUACUGUCAAUUAUGCUAUAUAUUGUCAAUCAGGCUAUAUAUUGUCAAUCAGGCUAUGUACUGCCAAUCAGGCUAUGUAUUGUCUAUCAGGCUAUGUAUGGUAGUUACAACACAAAGAUAUACAUCCACAUGUUGUGGUCUGAUACCCAAGAUAAUCAAAAGAUUCUAAUAUCACAAACCUUCUCCAAAGCAGGUCUUAUUGUUCUUUCUACUACAAGAAAUGAAUACCUAUGUUUUAAAUAUGAAAAAAAAAACGUAUUUAAUAAUAAAAACGUAUUUAAAAAUUAUACAUACAUAUAUAUAUUCACUGGGACGGACUUAAACAUCAUGUUAUGACAAACAACACUAAAAGGUUUUUAACAUCACAACAGUGGAGACACUUAACAAACUGAGCAAUUAGUCUUAGAAUAAAAAUUCUCUACAGUAAACUAAUAAAAACUUUAGGUCAUUUACAUUUCCAUAAUCUAACAUAACUUUUUUACAUGGUUUACAUAGUUUUAAUGUUUUGUACACAUAACUUCACAAUCAUAUAUAAAAUGUCCCCUGGUCACUAUAGAUAAGGCAUUUGAAAGCACAAAAUAUUGAUCCAUCUUGUUCAACCUCUAACUCUGGCUUAAUACAAAAUAUUGAUCCAUCUUGUUCAACCUCUAACUUUCACUUUAAUACAAAAUAUUGAUCAAUCUUGUUCAACCCCUAACUUUCAUUUUAAUACAAAAUAUUGAUCAAUCUUGUUCAACCUCUAACUUUCACUUUAAUACAAAAUAUUGAUCAAUCUUGUUCAACCUCCAACUCUCACUUGAAUACAAGCUAUCAUUUUGCAUCAAUUUCAAUUUUGAAGAACUUUUUAACUAAAUUCUGAUGUGUAUAUUCAUAAACAAAUCAAAUCAGGCUUACAUAAUAAUUUCAUUACUCAACUUUUAAAAUCAAUUUGAAAGAAUCUGUUUUAUAUAUACUUAAAAUACUUUGUCACCAAUAAUAGUUGAGACUUUCCGAGAUAAAUGUAAACACAACAGGUAUCAUCCAUGUUGAUAUUUCACAGAAAAGUACAAUUAAACUUCAGGAAGCUGAAAUAAUAGUAUUUUUCCUUGAAAUUUUAACUUUUUUUUCCCAUUAAAAUGACAUGGAAUGUAAAAUCGUAAGAGAAUAACACUUGUUCUCCAAUCAGAACAUUUCACUUUUGACCAUACUGUGACAAUUCAAGUAAUCAUACAAACAUAUUAUGCAAGAUAUUCAGAAAAAUAUUUUCAUUAUAUAUUGUAAUAAUAUAAAAAAAAAAUCAAGGUGAGCAGGACUUCCUAUAGACAUAGGCCUCCCGACCAAUUAGGAUAUUAAAAUUUGAUGUUAGUUUCCUAUGGUGUACAAAUAAACUGAAUAUGUUUAUGAGGUUUAUGUACAUCUUGUAUAUUAGGUGUAACCUUUGACCCUUAAGCUUUGACCAAGACCACCAAAAUCUAAUUAUGUGUAAAAAUUGACAUUAACCUACUAUGGUGUGAGUGUAAAAACAUCUGCUGAGGGGAUCAAAGGGUUUCUUGUACCAAAACUUUUUACGACAGAUGAAUGGACACGUGGAUGGACAGAUGUGAAAUGGCAGCAGCAUGUGACAAAGGUACUGAUAAUAUACCCCCAAGUGUACUAUAAUAUACCCCCAAGUGUACUAUAAUAUACCCCAAAGUAUACUGAUAAUAUACCCCCAAGUGUAAUAUAAUAUACCCCAAGUGUACUAAUAAUAUACCCCAAGGUGUAUUAUAAUAUACCCCCAAAGUGUACUUUAAUAUACCCCCAAGUGUACUAUAAUAUACCCCAAAGUAUACUGAUAAUAUACCCCCAAGUGUAAUAUAAUAUACCCCAAGUGUACUAAUAAUAUACCCCAAGGUGUAUUAUAAUAUACCCCCAAAGUGUACUUUAAUAUACCCCCAAGUGUACUAUAAUAUACCCCAAAGUAUACUGAUAAUAUACCCCCAAGUGUAAUAUAAUAUACCCCAAGUGUACUAAUAAUAUACCCCAAGGUGUAUUAUAAUAUACCCCCAAAGUGUACUUUAAUAUAUCCCCAAGUGUACUAUAAUAUACCCCCAAGUGUACUAUAAUAUACCCCCAAGUAUACUAUAAUAUACCCCCAAAAGUGUACUAUAAUAUACCCCCAAGUGUACUUUAAUAUACCCCCCAAAGAGUACUAUAAUAUACCCCCAAGAGUACUAUAAUAUACCCCCAAGUGUACUAUAAUAUACCCCCAAGUGUACUAUAAUAUACCCCCAAGUGUACUAUAAUAUACCCCCAAGUGUACUAUAUAGAGGGUAGCUUUACUGACUUUACUAUACAAGUUGAAAGGAUCCACUUAUAUAUAGGUAUAUAUUCAUGGAGAUACUAUUGUAUUACAUUGUAAAAUAGGAUCACACCAGAUUAUCAUUUUUUUUUGAAAUACAACCCAUGUAGAAAAUACAUGUACUUUGUUAUCAUCAAAUAGAACGGGAUGAUAUCAAAUAAGCAAUCCAGAUGAUGGGCAAGCUUAAUAUGACAUAAGGGUAAGACUGAACUAGUAUUUAAAGUUUUAGAUAAUUCAUUUUACCUACUGGACCCCAACUCCCUGCCUCCCAGAGGGCACACCCUCUGUUUAUAUGAUUGUAUGUAUCCCGUUGGCCCACAAUGCUCUGACUAAAUUUCAUUGAAAUCAAGUUGUUAGCAAUUCUAGAAAAUUAAGAGGCAUCUUAGAAGGAUAAAAGUGAUCGCGGGCACCAGAUACUGCACCACUGAAUAGGAAUGAAUAGACGUUAAUCAAUGGAGGUACCGUAAGAGAGUCUUACUUCAGUUAAGUAGAACAUUAAUGUAAAACAUUACAUAUUUUAGAAACAACAAGAUGUUAUCAUCUAUAUCUGUGUGGACAAGUCAUGUUCUACAACAGUGUAGCUAUCUAUACCAAUGGGGACAAGUCAUGCUCUACAACAGUGUAGCUAUCUAUACCAAUGUGAACAAGUCAUGUUCUACAACAGUGUAGCUAUCUAUGCCAAUGUGGACAAGUCAUGUUCUACAACAGUGGAGCUAUCUAUACCAAGGUGGACAAGUCAUGUUCUACAACAGUGUAGCUAUGUAUACCAAUGUGGACAAGUGAUGUUCUACAACAGUGUAGCUAUCUAUACCAAUGUGAACAAGUCAUGUUCUACAACAGUGUAGCUAUCUAUACCAAUGGGGACAAGUCAUGUUCUACAACAGUGUAGCUAUGUAUACCAAUGUGGACAAGUGAUGUUCUACAACAGUGUAGCUAUCUAUACCAAUGGGGACAAGUCAUGCUCUACAACAGUGUAGCUAUCUAUACCAAUGUGAACAAGUCAUGUUCUACAACAGCGUAGCUAUCUAUACCAAUGUGGACAAGUCAUGUUCUACAACAGUGUAGCUGUCUAUACCAAUGUGAACGAGUCAUGUUCUACAACAGUGUAGCUAUCUAUACCAAUGGGGACAAGUCAUGUUUUA